AUGUCGUCAGAAGCAGUACCUAACGCGCCUGGUGCCAAGUUCAGAGUCGCCGUCGUCGGCGGGGGACCUGGUGGUAUGGCGCUCGCAAUGGCAAUCAGCAAGUUCAAUAACCCUGCAGCACCUGUGGUCGUGGACGUGUACGAAAGCCAGCCGGCGAUCGGUACCGUCGGUGCUGGGAUCAGCGUCUGGCCUCGUACACGGGCAUUACUUCAACAUCUUGGCCUUAUGAGACACUUUCAGGGUGAGCUGAAUGCUCAGAACGCGCAGAACGUGGGCGAGAAUGUUGGCCGAGGUUUCUUGUACUCCAAGUCAGAUCAGCCGCAUGGCUAUCCUCUUUACCAUAUGCCAAUGUCAUGUAACCCGAUGCUACUUCACCGGUCAGACUUCCUCCGCGCAUUACAGAGUGACAUUACAACGCCACCACUAUGCAAUAUACACACAUCGAAGCGCUUAGUGGCUCUCACGCAGGACGCUGCGGGGGAAGUAGUAACGAUGCGCUUCGCAGAUGGCGCUACAGCGCAAGCGGACGCCGUGAUCGGCGCAGAUGGUGUGCGCUCGGUGGUGCGAGCUAACAUGCUGUCCGACGAGGAGCGCAUUGAGCCGGAAUGGCCAGGGGUCAUUGCAUAUAGAACUCUGGUGCCGAAGGAGGUUCUUGAAGCAAAAGGGUUCCCUAGUGAUCACGAUGUGAGGACACUGGCGCAUGCAUACUGUGGGAAAGGUCGGCAUCUUGUCACGUACCCCAUCUCUCGCGGAGAUUUUGUCAACGUGGUAGCGUUCGUCUCCCAUGCGGACCAUUCUGAGCGAUUUGAAGGGAAAUGGGUGCGGGACGUGUCUGUCGAAGAAGUGCGAGACGCCUACAAGGGUUGGGAGCCCGACGUCGAGAAGUUCCUACAAUGCAUCGAAACAGCGUCUGCGUGGGCCAUUCAUAUCGUUAGAGAUAUUCCGCGCGCAUCGCGUGGAAGAAUAGCGGUGCUCGGCGAUGCGAUGCAUGCUUUUGAGCCUCAUUUUGGUGCAGGGGCUGGCCAGGCCAUGGAGGACGCCUAUAUCCUUGCUCGUCUGCUCACUCAUCGUUUGACCACGCGAGCGUCGCUUCCCCUUGCGCUAGACGCGUACAACCAGUCGCGACUUGCUUUCUCGACGCAUAUCGUACGCAGGACCAGACUUUGCGAUCAGCUGUACGAAUUUAGCGAGGGUCCGUUGCCUUCUGGCCCAGAAGACAAGGACGGCAUAGAGAAGUGGUCCAGCGAGGUGCACAAACUGUGGGAAUUCCAGUUAGAUGAACACGGCGCAGAUGACUUCUGGCGGGACGCCGAGAUAUUCUUGCAGGGGCGCAUGGGGGAAUCCAUGGUUAGAGCUUCACUGUAG